CUAGCUUCUCUCCUAUUCUCGUGUGUAGCAUACAGAGACAUUACAUACACACGUGUCGCUGCUUGCUUGAUACACUAUAACCAGAGUAGCUUGCUUACUUUGCUCUUGCUCGCCAUCGUCAUUGCCGCCGCCAUGGCUCUAGUGGGUCAGCCAGCCACGUUCUGCUACGAUGGCUUCGUCGGUGACGGUGCGCCGGCGUUCAUGGACGUCGGGUUCGGCUACGGGUACGAUCACCACUCCCAUCUCCUCGAGGAGGAAUGCCUGCUCGGCAGCCACGCCCACGGAUGGGAGUUGCCGACCGGCAACCUUGGCGCCGGCGCGCCGGGCAGCAUCAACACGUUCGUGGGGCACGACGUCGGCUGGACGCGCCCAGCCGGCCGCAUGUCCUCCUCUUCUUCGGUGCUCGCCUUCGACAGCCAGGGCGAGGACAACUGCGCCGCUGCCACGUGGAUGGACAUGGACGCCGUGGACCAGCUGAGCUACAGCCCGUCAACGGCACCUGCAGCAGCCGCGCCGGCGGGAAGCUUCAGCUUCGAGGGCUGCGGCGGGAACGACCGCACGGCGGCGUCCCCUUCGCACAAGCGGCCUCGUGCGCACGCGGAGGCACAGCGGGGAACGGACCAAGAAAGCACUACUCCUCCCAAGAAGCAGUGCGGCGGCGACAGGAAAUCAGCAGUCAAGCCCACUAAAACGUCCGCGACCACCAGUUCAACCAAGGACCCUCAAAGCGAUGCUGCCAAGACCCGUCGUGAGCGGAUCGGCGAGCGGCUGAGGGUUCUGCAGGAGCUGGUGCCCAACGGCAGCAAGGUGGACAUGGUCACCAUGCUCGACAAGGCCAUCACUUACGUCAAGUUCAUGCAGCUCCAGCUUACGGUGCUCGAGACGGACGCAUUCUGGCCUGCUCAGGGUGGCGAGGCGCCGGAGAUCUCCCAGGUGAAGGCGGCACUCGACGCCAUCAUCCUCUCAUCCUCUCAGCAGCCUCGUCAGUGGAGCUAGCAGCGAGCCCAUACAUCAGCACUUCAUAUACAUCCUCCCAGAAUUCAGAGCAUUGCAGCAGUAACUUCGGUCUGGAGCUUGCUGGUCAACCUCUGCUCUAUUACUCCUUUUCUGUUGAUGUUCCAUUCCGUAAUCUUCUCAUCUCGCUAUGUACUCACCACUAUAGCAGCCACAGUAAACUCUACUAAUUGGUUUAAUGGCGCCGUGUACUCGAUCAACGAUUGUAAUAUAAACGUUGUGCUCACUAGUUAACCGUUA